AUGCUGUACAGUCAGUUACCAACGCCACCUCCAAUGAGUCUCAAGGGGAACCUGGCAGAUAACUGGACUUUUUUCAGAGAGAGUUGGGAGAGCUGUAAGAUAGCAACUGAACUUGAUAAGAAACCCAAACCAGUCAUUUUGGAAACUCUUAAGAUAGUUCUGGGAAGAGAAACUUACCAAAUAGCUAAAAAAUCUGCUGCAGCUGAUCGCACAGAUCCUGAUAGUUUCUUGCAGGCUCUGACGCAGCAUUUAGAACCACAGAGGAACAUCAUUUUUGAGCGUUACCUGUUCAACAGUGCCAACCAAGAAAAUGAAAACAUGGAUCGAUACCUGAACAGACUGCGAAAGCUGGCGUCAACCUGUGCUUAUGGCGCUCUGUGUGACGAACUGAUUCGAGACAGACUGGUCAUUGGAAUCAAAAGCCAUGAAGUCAGAAAACGACUACUCCGUGAGAAGGCUCUCACUCUCAAUACAGCCUUAGACAUAAUUAGAGCUGCAGAAACAGCCAGCGAUCAACUGAAAAAGAUUGAUGGAGAAAUAGAAACUUCAGUACACGCUGUCAAGUACAGAGGAAAGUAGAAACGGUGAAACAAUGUAAAUACUGUGGAACGAACCACAAUUUACGCGAGUGUCCGGCUUAUGGAAAAAAAAAUGUCGCAAGUGUAAAAUGAAGAACCAUUUUGCUAAGAUGUGCAGAAUUCGAGAUCAAGAAUCUCAAAGGAGAACACAGAAAGCUGUGAAGAGCGUUUCCAAGAAACCUACGAGGUGUAUUCAUCGAAUUGAAGAAGCCGAACCAGCAAUCACUGAUGAU